GUUACGUUUAUAUUACGCCUGAUAAAAACAACUACUACAGUGCGGGUUUCGGGGAAACACCGGUGGCGCAACAGACCGCUUCGCGGGUGGUAUUGUGACGUCACAGAUACACAACAAUGUGUGGAAUAUUCUUCUCCAUUUGUAAUCGGAAUGACCAACCGUCAAGUUGCCGUAGGAAUGAAAUCUACCAAGACAUCUCGGAAAGUCUGGCUCGAAGAGGUCCAGAUGAUCAUCAAGUGAUUGAAACUGAAUGUGGGAACGUUGGUCUCUACUUUGCUGGGUGGGUGUUGCACAUGCAAGGUCAACAGAUAUGCUCACAACCUGCACAAAGCAAGAAAGGGAAUAUUUUGCUGUGGAAUGGAGAGGUUUUCGAUGGUUUGAAAGUAUCCCCUGGUCAAAGUGACACAACAGCACUUCUAUCUUCAUUAGACAAAUGUGAUGAUGAAGAAAUUCUUCAACUGCUUUCUUGCAUUGAAGGUCCUUGGUCUUUUGUGUAUUAUCACCUCGCUAACUCUAAAGUUUAUUUUGGACGAGAUUAUUUUGGUCGACGUAGUCUGGUUUGGAAUUGGGACGAAAACACUUUGACCUUGGCGUCAGUAUGUUCACGCAAUGCUAGCUGGGAGGAAGUUGCCGGAUGUGGAAUAUUCUGCGUAAAUAUAAAGGAUGGUCAGUCUGGGUUUAAAAAGUCCAUCGUUCUUCAUCCAUGGAAGUGUAUUACAAAUCCUAGGCCAAAGGUUUGUGAAGAUUUUCAAACUGGAAGGAUCCUUAACACUGCAAUGCACACUAAGUAUAAAUAUAAAUUGGAUAAUUAUCCAUUGGUUGACUUGCCACACAUAUCCUCACAUGUAGAACCUUUGACAAUUCUGGCAAAAUCAUGCAGUGAUAAAAAUUUAUGGCCGGUGUGUCGAGAGUUUAUUGCCAAACUCAAGCGUUCCGUUAUGAAGAGAACAUCAGCUCAUACAAGCACUGGUGAAAAUUGCAACAUAGGAGUUCUGUUUUCUGGUGGCGUUGACUGUUCUGUGCUUGCUUUGUUAGCUGAUAUAUACAUACCAAAAGAUGAAGCAAUUGAUUUGUUGAAUGUUGCGUUUGAACAGCGGCGAAAAUUAUCGAAAACAAAGCAGAGUAAUGCUUUGGUAAAGGAUAAUAUAUAUGAGGUCCCAGAUAGAAUAACAGGAAGAUCUUCUUACCAAGAACUGAAAGACCUCUGCCCGAAACGAAAGUGGAAUUUUGUGGAGAUUAACGUUACGUUGGAAGAGUUAGGGGAAAAACGUGUUGAAAGAAUUUCGAUGCUGUCAUGCCCCAAGUCAACGGUGUUGGAUGACAGCAUUGCUUGCGCUAUCUGGUUUGCGAGCAGGGGAGAAGGUUUAUUAAAUGGGGAGCAAAAGUACAGGUCUAAUGCUCGUGUUCUGUUGUGUGGGAUGGGUGCAGAUGAACAACUGGCUGGUUACUCCAGACAUAGAGGUAUAUACGAUCGCAACAAUGAUUGGGGAGCAGUUGGUGAUGAGAUCAACAUGGAAGUUGAAAGAAUAUCAGCAAGAAACUUGGGACGCGAUGAUAGGAUUAUUUCAGACCAUGGGAAGGAAGCAAGGUUCCCUUAUUUUGAUGAAGAAGUUGUUCAGUUUCUUUGUAGUUUACCGGUUCACGUUAAAGCUGAUUUACGAUUGGAAAGAGGAAUUGGGGAGAAAAUCCUACUUAGGGGGGCUGCAUAUGAUCUAGGUCUACAUGGGGCAGCUGUGGCUCCGAAACGAGCAAUACAGUUUGGCUCAAGAAUUGCUAAAGCAGAAAACAGGAAAGAAAAAGGAGGCGACUCGUGUGAAAGACUGAAAAAUAAUUUUGCAUCUCAAAUGUCAUUAUGAUGAUUGAACACAGAACUACUAUA